UUCAUGAAAUUUGGGCAACACACAGUAUUGGAUAAGAAACGGAGGUAACCCCUCUCUAAACCCUUUCUCUCUCACUUCCUCAUAGAAACAGAGCCUCCAUGGCUGCCCAUUCUUCCAUAACUCUCCUCACCAUUACAGAGUAAGCUCUCCCUCUUAUACUCUCUAUAACCAUUGACUAUUUUGGUUUCAUUUAUUCAUUUUCUUACAUAUCCCUCUUUUCCUCUUAUCUCCCCUGUAGUUCAUUUUGUUUCUCCUCAGCAAUUAAGAAAAUUUAGUACAACAAAGUGUUCAAUUCUGUUUCAAAUUAGAAAUAAAGGAAAAACUAUGGACUCAGUUUUACCUAUAAAACUAGGCUUUUCAUCAGUUAACAACUGUGUCCAUAAAGAUACCUUCAGGGUUAGCUCUCUAGGGUUUAAUAAUGCUUGUUUUUGUGUUUUAUCUUCUGAUUGUGAUGUGGGAAAAUCUAAUAACCCUUAUAGAAAGUACAGAAGAAACCCUAACCCUGUUUUAGCAAUGGAUGGUUCUAAUGGGAAGUUGCCAACACCAAGUAACACUCAUUUGAGUGAUAAUGGUCAUUUGAAUUCCAUGUAUUCAAAGAAUAGUUAUGAAGAUUUUCAAAGUAAUAAUCAUCUUCGUCGAUUAGUUAGAAAUGGGGAAUUAGAGGAAGGAUUAGUGUUUCUUGAGAAUAUGGUUUCUCAUGGAGAUAUACCUGAUAUAAUCCCAUGUACAAGUUUGAUUCGAGGGUUCUGUAGGGUUGGUAAAACUAAGAAGGCUACGAGGGUUUUAGAAAUUCUUGAGAAUUCAGGGGCUAUUCCAGAUGUUAUAACUUAUAAUGUGUUGAUUAGUGGGUACUGCAAAUUGGGUGAAAUUGAUAACGCAUUGAAUGUUUUGGAUCGAAUGAGUGUUCCUCCCGAUGUUGUUACUUAUAAUACGAUAUUGAGAAGUUUAUGUGAUAGUGGCAAGUUGAGACAAGCUAUGGAAGUGCUAGAUCUUCAGCUGCAGAAGGAAUGUUACCCUGACGUAAUUACAUAUACGAUUUUGAUUGAAGCGACUUGUAGAGAGAGUGGGGUUGGACAAGCUAUGAAACUCGUUGAUGAAAUGAGGAGUAAAGGUUGUAAACCUGAUGUUGUUACUUAUAAUGUUCUUAUCAAUGGGAUUUGCAAGGAAGGAAGAUUGGAUGAAGCUAUGAAGUUCUUGAAUAACAUGCCUUCCUAUGGUUGUCAACCUAAUGUCAUCACCCAUAAUAUAAUUCUUCGGAGUAUGUGUAGCACUGGAAGGUGGAUGGAUGCUGAAAAACUUUUGUCAGAUAUGCUGCGAAAAGGAUGUUCACCUAGUGUUGUUACCUUCAAUAUUUUGAUCAAUUUCUUGUGCAGGAAGGGUUUAUUAGGUCGGGCCAUCAAUAUCUUAGACAAAAUGCCAGAACAUGGUUGCACUCCAAAUUCACUAAGUUAUAAUCCAUUGUUGCAUGGGUUCUGCAAAGAAAAGAAAAUGGAUCGAGCAAUUGAGUAUUUGGAUAUAAUGGUUUCUAGAGGGUGUUAUCCUGAUAUUGUGACUUAUAAUACACUGCUUACGGCUUUGUGCAAAGAUGGGAAGGUAGACGUUGCAGUUGAGUUACUUAACCAACUAGGUAGUAAAGGUUGUGCCCCAGUGUUAAUAACGUAUAAUACAGUUAUUGAUGGGCUGUCAAAGAUGGGAAAUACAGAACGUGCAUUGGAGCUUCUGGAGGAGAUGAUGGCAAAAGGUUUGCAACCAGAUAUUAUCACGUAUUCUUCGCUAGUGGCUGGGCUUAGCAGAGAAGGGAAGGUAGAUGAAUCAAUUAAGUUAUUUCAUGAUUUGGAAGGAAUAGGUAUCCGACCAAAUGCAAUCACAUACAAUUCUGUAAUGUUAGGGCUUUGCAAGGCUCGUCAGACUGUUCGAGCGAUAGAUUUUUUGGCUUAUAUGGUAUCUAAGGGAUGUAAACCUACUGAAGCUACUUAUACUAUUCUCAUUGAAGGUAUUGCUUAUGAAGGUUAUGCUAAUGAAGCCUUGGAGCUACUGAAUGAGUUGUGCAGAAGAGGUGUUGUUAAGAGAAGCUCUGCACAGAAUGUUGCAGUCAAAAUGUAGGGAUUUCCAAGUAAACUUUAUAUUUAUGUAUGGCAUAACUUUUCUUUGUUCUUUUGUUUUAUACUGCCUGGUUGAACAAGUAUUGGUAUGUAACUUGGUAGCUCCCCUUUUCCCUGUUCUGACAAGGAAAGUCCUGGAUCAAUUUUGAUAGAAUGAACUACUUUGUGAACUUGUACUCGAUUUUCUGUCAAGAUUCAGGAGUGUAAUUCUAAUUGAAUCAUUCUGAUUUUGAAUAAAAAUGUACAUAUUGUUUUUCUUUCA